AUGGUACCUCAGCCUGAACUGAGAAACUCCCACUCUGAUCCUAAUAAUUAUGUUGAAGCCACCACCCAACAAGAUACUGUAUCUGAAAAAGAUAAAGAACCCCCCCACAAUGAUGCCCGAUCUACUUUAAGUAUGAUGGAAUCUUAUGUUGCUGUUACAGCGAGUCAAGAGUCAAUAGUAGAGCAAGACCCAUGGGAUAUGCCGAACUUGAAGGACUCGGGGAUCAAGUGGUCAGAGAGAGACACCAAAGGGAAAAUAACUGCUGUCUUACAAGGAUUUGGAAAAGUGCUUCUCCUCCUGGGCUUUCUCUACUUAUUUGUCUGCUCCUUGGAUGUUCUCAGCAGUGCCUUCCAGCUGGUUGGAGGAAAAGUGGCUGGGGAGAUUAUGAAUGAUGGUUCAGUGCUGAACAACCCCGUGGCCGGCUUGAUGCUUGGCGUGUUGGUGACUGUCUUAGUGCAGAGUUCUAGCACCUCCACCUCCGUUGUUGUCAGUCUGGUGUCUUCUUCAUUGCUGACAGUAAAGGCAGCAAUUCCCAUUGUCAUGGGAGCCAAUAUUGGAACUUCAAUCACCAAUACCAUGGUGGCCCUCAUGCAGGCUGGAGACAGGAAUGAAUUUCGAAGGGCUUUUGCAGGAGCAACUGUCCAUGAUUUUUUUAACUGGUUGUCAGUGCUGGUGCUGCUGCCUUUGGAGGUGAUGACAGGCUACCUCUACCACCUCACCAAUGUCAUAGUGAAAGCCUUUAACAUCAAGACUGGAGAAAAUGCCCCUAAACUCCUGAAAGUGAUUACAGAUCCCUUCACAAAAAUCAUCAUCCAGCUGGAUAAAAAAGUCAUAAAUGAAAUUGCUACAGGAAAUGAAGCAGCAAAAAAUAAGAGCCUGAUAAAGAUUUGGUGUAAAACUUUAAAAACUGUGACUUUAAGCAAUGUUACCGUACCCUCACCGGAAAAUUGUACCUCGCCUAGUCUAUGUUGGACUGAUGGGAAUCUGACCUGGACCUUCAUGAAUACAACACAUGUAAAGAACAUUGCAAAGUGCAAACAUGCAUUUGUGGACAUCAGUCUCCCAGAUCUUGGAAUUGGGCUCAUCCUUCUAGCCCUCUCCUUGUUGGUCCUGUGCACCUGUUUGAUCUUGAUCGUCAAGAUCCUGAACUCUGUGCUCAAGGGACAAGUUGCUGCAGUGAUUAAGAAGACCCUCAAUACAGAUUUCCCCUUCCCUUUUGCCUGGCUGACAGGCUACCUCGCCAUUCUUGUUGGAGCCGGGAUGACCUUUAUUGUGCAGAGUAGCUCUGUGUUCACCUCUACAAUCACUCCUCUGGUUGGCAUCGGUGUGAUCAGCAUUGAGAGAGCUUACCCUUUAACCUUGGGCUCCAACAUCGGUACCACCACCACUGCCAUCCUGGCUGCAUUAGCUAGCUCUGGAAAUACUUUACAAAAUUCACUCCAGAUUUCCCUGUGCCAUUUCUUCUUCAACAUCUCCGGAGUCCUUUUGUGGUACCCAAUCCCAUUCACACGCCUGCCUAUACGCCUAGCCAAGGGCCUGGGAGACAUCACAGCCACCUACCGUUGGUUUGCCAUCGUCUACCUGGUCAUCUGCUUUUUAGUAACCCCACUGAUAGUGUUUGGCCUCUCCCUGGCAGGUUGGCUUGUGUUGGUGAGUGUAGGGGCAACCCUCAUAUUUCUGUUGCUUGUGGUACUGAUGAUUCGGGUCCUUCAAGCCCGCCAUCCUCAAGUUCUUCCCAACGUGCUGCAAAACUGGGACUUCUUGCCCUUGUGGUUGCGCUCUCUUCAGCCCUGGGAUGAGCUGGUAUCUUUUCUCAUGGACAACUGCUGCCGAGUAUGCUGCUGCUCCUGCUGUAAGCGCUGUAAACUGGCUGAAGAUCGAAAAAAGGACGAGGAAAUGGUCUUGGAGGAAACUGGAGUAAUAACAAGUCCCAAGCCCGUGGCCCAGACCCAGGCAGAGAGCCAAGAACAGAUUGGGCAAGUGGGAGUGAAUGACUCCAUGAGAGAUCAAGAAACAAUG